AUCUCAUAGGUUGUAGGAAUACUUAUCUAGAGCUGGUGAAAUAUCAAGUUUCUUUAUUUUCUCUUUUUAACGAUGCUCCAUAAAUCAUUGCUAAAAGUCAAAUUGAAAUCUUCAUUGUCUUUUAUUUUUCAUAUGUUAACAAAUAGAUAGUCGAAUUAUAGUUUCAUGGUUGAAAUUUCUUUUGAACGUUUUGAAAAUCAAACAUCAGGUCUUGUUUGCAAAAAGCGACGGAGCGAUUUUGUGCAAGGCGAGCUAGGGCCACGUCAAUGCCGAAACACCGGAGCUGCAGUUGAAAUUCUUCACAACAACAUGAUUGUAUGGCCAAACGCACUCUACACGUUUAUUCGAUAAAUUGUUGAUUUACAUAUUCCGAUUUCCGGGUCUGCAAAGUAAUAACAAAUCCCAUCAGAGAUUGCAGUCAGUUCAACGUGAUUCGAGAAAAGUCUUCUUGAAUUACGAAUGGUGUAUGAAGAAACAUAUAGCUCCUAAAAAUUGUGCAAAAUCAUUCAUGAUAAUUACAAAUUUUUGUGUAUAAGUGCAAGUAUUAGAACGUGUUUGCAGUAAGAUGUCUGACGUGGGGGACUGGUUUAAAAGUCUACCAAUAUUCACGAGAUAUUGGUUAGCUUUAACUAUAAUAUUCUCAUUGAUUGGAAGAUUUCGUAUCAUCAAUGUCAUCAACCUAGUUCUACUGUAUGAUCCGUUUAUUCAUAAUUUUGAGAUAUGGAGAGCAGUCACCAGUCUUUUCUAUCAUCCAACGAGUUUUCAUUUACUCAUGAAUUUGUACUUUUUGUACAAUUACUCCAUAAGACUGGAAAGAAUAGACUUUGAAGGCAGACCAGCAGACUACUUUUAUUUAUUGAUAUUUAAUUGGAUAUGCUGUCUCGUCGCUGCAUUAUUGCUCAAUUUCUCUAUAUUGAUGAAUGCUAUGAUUCUUAGUGUCAUAUAUGUAUGGUGUCAACUCAACAAAGAUGCCAUUGUACACUUUUGGUUUGGUUUCCAAUUUAAAGCAAUGUACUUGCCAUGGGUACUUUUUGGAUUCAAUUUCAUCAUUAACCAUGAUGGAUUAGAAGAACUUGUGGGAAUACUCUGUGGUCACCUCUACUUUUUCCUCAAGUUUAAAUAUCCUCAAGAAUUUGGAGGGCCAAACUUGCUAGCUACACCAACAAUUUUGGAGUACUAUUUUCCACAAAGGAGUAAUAUCAGAGGUUUUGGAGCAGCACCUCCACCAGCUGCUAGAAAUGUACCAAGAGGCCACAGCUGGGGACAAGGCCAAGUAUUAGGACGAUAACUUUUUCUGCAUAAGGAAGAAUCGUUCAAAUUCACUUUGAAAGGAUUGAAUAACGGACAAUGCACAUUAAUUUAAUAAAAAUUCUUUAUACUGGUCAAACGAAUCCUACUUUGCUAAAGUACGUAAAAGUGAAUUGUGUUAGUGCAUUAUUUUGAAUGCGAUUAUUGUUUUGAAAUGAAUUGUUUGCAAGAGUGCAAUGUAAAGUUUUACCGGCAAAGGUGUUAGAUCUGCGUGUGAAAUUUUCUUACAACUAAUAUAAGUACAAAUAAAGCUGCAAAUAUAUCUAUAUUCAAUUUGUAUAAUUAUGUAUUUUCAUAAUAUACAGUGUCAAGCAAUUCAUUUUGUUACAAUGAGUAUGUAUUUGGUUUUGUAAAAAUGUAAAAUACAAUUUUUGUAUAACGUUAUUAUUAAAAAUAAAUAUACAGAACUAUUCUAAGCAAA